AGAACCAAAGAGGGUAAAGAAGUAACAGUAACAAAUAGUGAGUAGAAAACUACAUUAUCUACAAAGUACCAUUGUGCCCUCUAUUACAAUUAAGUAAACCAUCUGUUACAUUUUCCUUACCACAUUGAUAUGUUUUUAAGUUAUCAGUGUCAUUUGUGUCAAGUGAUAAUUGGAAAAGAAAACGUACUAUUUUCAAUUUCUUGUUGAUCGAUACACGAUCGAUGUUGAAUCAAGUUAGUGGAUGAAAAUGGCGACAAAACUCGUCUAUGUUACGCAGGGUCGUUGAUUCCUCAUUGCGUCAUCGUAAUCCAGAAAAGACGAUGGAAUGGACGGAUCGAGUCCACUCUACCAUCGGUAUGGAGAUCAAAGUAUUUCAAGUCGAGAGGGAAGUCAUCAUUCGCAGAAAUUGGCACUUUUUCGACCGAAUUCGGACACUGUAGAUCUUGGUUAUCAUACGCUUGACAAUAAUGUCUGUCGAUUAUCGUCAUCGCCAUCGGUUGCUUUGCCAGUUCGAAAGCAACUUUUUCAACAGAGACACCUCUACGUUCUUGGACUAUGCGAUCUUGAUGAUACGUUAUUAUUGAAAAUCUUCAGUUGGCUCUCGAUACGAGAGCGUUGCUCUCUUGCCCAGACAUGCCGACGACUUUGGGAAAUAGCGUGGCAUCCGUCAUUGUGGAAGGAGGUGGAGGUUCGUCAUCCACAGAAUGCGACAAUUGCACUCAACACACUGGCACGACGUGGUUUAUAUCCAUCGAUACGUCGACUCGUCCUGGAUGGUGCGACGGGUCUUUUUGGAAUAUUCAAUUCACUACCGUUUAGUAGUCUCACGUCGCUAUCGCUUCGACAUUCGAAACGUGUUAAUGAUAUGAAUCUCACCACAAUUCUUGAUAAUUGUAUUCACCUGAAGGAAUUGGACAUGACGGAUUGUGCUCGUAUAACGAAGGCAUACACAAGAGUUGCGGUUUUACAACUACAAACACUCGAUUUGAGCGAUUGUCAUGAGAUUGAUGACUCUGGAUUGGUGACGAGUUUGGCUAGGAUGCCACAUCUUUCCUGUUUGUAUCUAAGGAGAUGCUUUCGUAUCACGGACACGAGUUUGAUAGCAAUCGCUUCGUAUUGCGGUGGAAUGAGACAAUUGUCCGUGUCGGAUUGCACGAGAAUCACGGAUUUUGGUGUGAGAGAAUUGGCCGCGUGUUUGGGACCGUCAUUGCGGUAUUUCUCCGUUGGUAAAUGUGAUCAGGUGUCGGAUGCGGGGCUUUUGGUUGUUGCUCGACAUUGUUAUAAGCUGAGAUAUUUGAAUGCACGUGGUUGUGAGGCACUCAGCGAUAGUGCAACUGUUGCAUUGGCUCGCGGAUGUCCGAGAAUUCGUGCAUUGGAUUUAGGGAAAUGCGACAUUGGCGAUGCAACACUCGAGGCACUCUCGACUGGAUGUCCGAAUUUGAAGAAACUUUCUUUAUGUGGAUGCGAACGUGUCUCGGACUCUGGCCUCGAGGCACUUGCUUAUUAUGUUCGUGGACUUCAGCAACUUAAUAUUGGAGAAUGUUCACGAGUCACGUGGGUUGGUUAUCGGGCAGUGAAACAAUAUUGUCGAAGGUGUGUUAUCGAGCACACUAAUCCUGGAUUUUCCAGUUGAUAAGAAAGGGAAAUUUUUUUUUUAAUUGAAUUAUUUUUCUUAUUUAUUAACCAGUGUUGGGUAAAAUUAGUCAUAAAGUUUGUUAUCAAAUUUUCCCUCAACAAAAAUGAGAGAAAAGAUAAAGAAAAGAAAGAAAACAAAAAGAAAACUGGUUUCUUAAGAUAUUUGAAUUCGAUUUUUAAAAAGUUUUAUUUUUCCUCGGAACAAAAAGUUGUUAACGUUUUUUGUAAGAAAAUAUAUUCUUGUUUUCGCCGUCGUAUUUAAAAAUACGUCAAUUUUAAACAAUUUUAAAACUAUUGUUUUAGACAAAUUUUUACAUAUAAUUUUUUAGACA